GCAGGACAAAUUAGAAAGUCCAUGGAGAAGAAAAGCUCUGGAAACAUAAAAAUAAGUUUAGCAAAGACGAAGUUAUUGCAAAACUCAAAGCGAUGGAGACUUCGACAGGCUCGUCUUAAGAUCAUUCGCAAGCUCAAGGACAACGAAGAAUUGCGCAACAACAUUAUUUCUGUUGUGAAGCAAUCGGCAGCCCUUAAUUCUGCAGGUGCUGCAAAUUUGAAACCUAGACAACUUUCUGAUUCCAUACAUGAAGAGGUUGGGUCCAAAGUAAUGAGCCAAAUUUCUGAUGGUGUGUGGGAAAUAAUUAGAUCGAAGGAUGGCAUGAAAAGUGAAAUUGAAGAAACAGUACAAUCUGUAUACGAUAAAUUAGUGAAUCCUGGUGGGUUAAGGUGGGUGAAUAUCAAGUCAGACAUGCAGUUCAAAAGGAACCUGACAAUAAUUGUCCUGUCAAGGCCUCAGCAUGUACUGUUGAUGAGACAUUGA